ACCAUAUUCUAGCACUCGUAUUUUUCUUUGGUAAAAAUUCCAAAGCUUCUCUCUGACGAUUGCAAUUCCAGAUUCCAAUCUGUGUUUCCAUUUUUCACCCCAUCGACACACAAAACCCAUAAAAUUCAGAGCAUCUUUCACAAGAAAAAGAGAAGGGAAAAAAGUUCAUUCGAAAAGAAAAGCAAAGAAAGUGAAAGAAAAGGAUACGUUCUUGACUCGUUCUUGGAUUCUCGAUUGAUCAAAGUAUUUUCUUUUUUAGUUUUUCUUUUUUUUGAAAAAAAUGAAGCUUUGAUUGAGAAAAGAGAUGGGUACUGAUGUGGAUGUGUUGUGGGUUCUUCACCUCUGCUUUCUUCCUUGUUGGAACUGUAAAAGAAUUACGAGUGAGGUGAAACAAUAUGAGGAGGAGUAAUAAUUUGAUCAAAGAGCGGAGGUGCGAGAGAAUAAGGCUGAGGUUGGGGAAGAUCAUGAAGUGCCUUUGCUCAGGAGAACAAUUAGGAGUAGAUGAAAUGGCUCCGGCAUCUGAAUCCCUGGCAAAGAAAGAUUAUUCAAUCAGUGGGUAUUUGUCUCGUGUUGAUGAAAUUGAACAGAAGCUAGAUACUGACAAUAUCAAAGAAGCUGAAUCCUCUCUGCGGGAGGGUGGUUGUUUGAAUUACGAGGAAGCAAGAGCAUUGUUAGGAAGAUACGAAUACCAAAAGGGAAACAUAGAAGCUGCUUUACAUGUAUUUGAAGGUAUAGAUAUUGCUGCAGUGACUCCAACUAUGAGACUUGCCCUUGCUAGAAGAGGAAAGCAUCACAAGAGAGAUUCCCAAAAUGAUGCUAUGUCUAUACAUGCUGUUAGUUUACUCCUGGAAUCAGUCUAUCUCAAAGCAAAGUCGUUUCAAGCUCUUGGGAGGUAUAAAGAAGCUGCUCAAUCAUGCAAAGUUAUUCUGGACAUUAUUGAAUCUUCAUUGCCAGAUGGCUUUCCUGAAAACUCUGGUACUGACUGUAAAUUGCAGGAGACUCUGAACAAGGCAGUAGAGUUCCUUCCUGAAUUAUGGAAACUGGCUGAUUCUCCUCGUGAUGCAAUCUUGUCAUACCGGCGGGCCCUUCUUUAUAAUUGGAACCUUGAAGUGGAAACUACAGCAAAGAUUCAAAAAGAGUUUGCCAUUUAUCUUUUGUACAGUGGAGGUGAAGCAGGCCCCCCAAACCUUCGUUCCCAAAUGGACAGUUCAUUUGUACCCAGAAACAAUAUAGAAGAGGCUAUUCUUCUGCUCAUGAUUCUAUUAAGAAAAGUUUCUCUCAGGAGAAUUGAUUGGGACCCAUCAAUUGUAGAUCACCUUUCAUUUGCUCUAUCUAUCUCAGGGGAACUAAGGGUAUUAGCUAAUCAAGUAGAAGAAUUGCUUCCUGGAAUUAUGGAUCGAAAAGAAACUUAUCUCAUGCUAGCUCUCUGUUAUUAUGGAGCCGGUGAGGACUUGACUGCUUUAAAUUUGCUGACAAAAUUGCUGAAUAGUAGAGAGGAUCCAAAUCGUAUUCCGGCUUUACUAAUGGCUUCAAAGAUUUGUGGGGAAAACCCCAAGUAUGCAGAAGAGGGGAUAAGUUUUGCCCGCAGAGCCCUUGAAAAUUUGCAGGGCAGUUGUGAUCAGAUGGUAGGUGUUGCCAAUUGUUUAUUGGGAAUCUCACUCUCAGCCCAUUCUAGAUCUGUUCUGUCUGAUGCUGAGAAGGUCAAGAGACAAUCUGAGGCACUUCAAUCCCUGGAAAAUGCUGGGAAAAUGACAAGAAUGAGAGACCCCAAUAUCAUUUACCAUCUCAGCCUGGAAAAUGCUGAGCUGAGGAAGUUGGAUGCUGCACUUUAUUAUGCUAAGCACUUGCUGAAAUUGGAAGGUGGGUCUAAUCUAAAAUGGUGGGUACUGUUGGCUCGGGUGUUAUCUGCACAAAAACGAUUUUUGGAUGCUGAAACUAUCAUAAACGCUGCUCUAGAUCAAACUGGGAAAUGGGAUCAGGGAGAAUUGUUGCGAACCAAAGCUAAACUCCAGAUUGCUCAGGGCCAGUUGAAGAAUGCCAUUGAAACAUACAUUCAGCUUCUUGCCGUUCUUCAAAUCCAGAAUAAAAGCUUUGGAUCUGGGAGGAAGCAUUUGAAGGGAAAUGGAAACCGUGAUGGAACUUUGGAAGUGGAAACUUGGCAUGAUCUGGCUGGUGUCUACAUAAGCUUGUCACAGUGGCAUGACGCUGAGAUUUGUCUUUCCAAAUCCGAUGCAAUCUGUCAUCACUCUGCUUCUAGAUGGCACAUCAUUGGUUUGCUUCAUCAAGCAAAGGGCCUCUACAAAGAAGCUCUUAAAGCAUUUAGGCAAGCUUUAGAUGUUGAUCCCACCCAUGUCCCAAGUCUGGUCUCAAUGGCUGUGGUUCUCAGACAACUUGGUGGCUAUUCACCGGCUGUUGUCAGAAGCUUUCUGACAGAAGCAUUACGGCUCGACAAAAUGAAUGCUUCUGCUUGGUAUAACCUAGGCCUGCUUUACAAAGACGAGGGCCCUGCAUCAGCAAUGGCAGCAGCAGAGUGUUUUGAGGCCGCCAGCACUCUUGAAGAGACUGCCCCAGUUGAAAACUUUAGAUGACCGGCUUUUAUUUAGAAAUCCUUUGUCUCUAACGCUCAUUUACUUUGUGCUCAAAUGAGCCCCCUUUCUCUCUCCCCCGCUGUCCCACAUAUGUUGUGAUCACAUAUUUUGUUUUUUUGAUGGAAAAGCAAUAAAAAUAAAUGUCUCCUGCUUUGUCUUCUUA